AUGGGUGUCGACGUGGAACGCGUUCCGGGACAGCAAAGUUGCCAAGAGACCCGUAUUCAAGUGCAUAGCCCUGCCCCGGUUAGUUGGGACGGCGAUGAUGACCCCGAACAUCCUCAGAAUUGGAAAAGAUCGAGGAAGUGGGCGGCUAUCGCCAUAGUCUCUGCGUUCACUCUCAUGUCACCAGUCGCAUCAUCAAUCAUCGCACCCAGCCUUCAAGCUAUCGGCCAAGAUCUAGACAUUGAGAGCGAAAGCGAGAGGUCACUAUGUCUAUCGAUAUUCGUGCUUGGAUUCGCUUUCGGGCCCCUGGUGCUGGGCCCCCUCUCCGAGAUGUAUGGCCGUACGAUCAUAUUGCAGGCAUCUAAUGUCCUCUUCGUCAUUUUCAACACGGCUGGCGGCUUCUCUCGAACCAAGACCCAACUCAUUGUUUGUCGAUUGUUCGGGGGCAUUGGUGGCUCUGCACCUCUCGCACUUGGGCCCGCAAUCCUCGUUGAUCUCUUCGCUCCCGAAGAACGUGGCUUGGCCGCUGGUGUAUACUCUUUCAUGCCUAUUAUGGGGCCUGCUAUUGGUCCAAUCUGCGGAGGCUUCCUCACCGAGUAUGGGAGCUGGCGAUGGGGAUUCUGGGGUGUUUCAAUCGCAAACGCGCCGAUUCUGUUGCUCGGGGUACUGCUAUUGCAAGAGACAUAUGCACCGACGCUUCUCAAACGCCGAAGAGAACUCCUCGAGAAAGAAUGUCCAGGGCUGUCACGUAACACAGAGCAACGCAACUUCACUACGGAGAUCACGUCCGCAAUGAUACGACCGCUCCGUAUGAUGACUACACAGGUCAUAAUCAUCGUGAUGGGAGUAUAUCAAGCAUACGUGUACGGCUUGAUGUACAUUGUUCUUACCACGUUCCCCACGCUCUGGCGGGAGCAAUACCACCAGAAAGUGAGCAUCGCUGGCCUUAACUACAUCUCACUUGGACUUGGCUAUUCGUUGGGCAUCUUGGCUUCCGGAAGACUACAAGAUCUCACAUACGCUGCCUUGAAACGACGCAAUGGCAAUAUCGGCCUGCCCGAGUUUCGAAUCCCUUUGCUAUUCCCAGUGUCUGCUGUGGUACUACCACUCGGCUUCUUGCUGUACGGCUGGGCUGCAGAGCGCACAUUCCAUUGGAUCGUGCCCAAUAUCGGUGCUUUUGUCUUCGCCGCAGGCAUCAUGACGGGCUUCAAUGCUCUCAUGACGUACGUCUUGGACAGCUAUACAACCUACGCGGCCAGUGCUGCAGCAGCUACAGCCGUACUCAGGAGUAUUGCAGCGUUCCUUCUGCCACUUGGGGCAGAAAGCAUGUAUAAGACACUAGGAUGGGGAUGGGGAAACACUCUACUUGGGGGCCUUGCGAUCGGUGUUGGCUUGCCGGCCGCUGUCUGUGUUUGGAUUUGGGGAAGCGAGCUCAGAAGACGGUCGACCUUUGGGCAGGACUAG